CAUCUGAGAGAGAGAGAGAGAGAGAGAGGGAGGAAACUGGAUGCAGAGGGACACAGUGCAGCUAGGACACUUCGGGAACGAGGACACUUCUAAACUGGACACUCUGUCCUCACCUCUGCACUGGGCUUCACUGUAACUUUGCCCUCUCUUUUUUUUUUUCUUUGCACCGCCGCAUGGCUUCAGUGUAAUCACCGCGUCUUGUGGCCGGAACUCUGCACUGUUUACCAUGAACCGAGGGACGGGGAGAGAGGAGAGAGUGUUCCUGGCUCUCCUCUUCAUCCUCCACACCGCCACAACGCAUGCGGGCAAACUGGUCGAUGUCCUGCGUGUGCUGGAGCUGUCCGAUCGCAUGGAGGGCGUGUCCUUGGAGGCGGGGCUGUGCACACAAAGAGCUGACACGGAGGAAGUGGACAUGGCAUUCAGGAUAGACAAAAAGAUCCAGCUCAGUGCUCCAACCCAGCAGCUCUUCCCAGACUCAGCUUUUCCUGAAAACUUCUCCCUGAUGACGACGGUGCGGGCAAAGAAGAAUGCCCAGUUCUUCUUGCUGUCCAUGUACGAUGAACAGGGCGUGCAGCAGCUGGGCCUGGAGCUGGGCAGAUCACCCGUCUUUCUAUACGAGGACCACAGGGGACAGCCGACCCCUGACCUCUACGCCACCUUCAAGAAGAUCAACCUGGCUGAUGGAAAGUGGCACCGCAUUGCCUACAGUGUAGAAGGAAAGUCAGUCACGCUGUAUUUGGACUGUAAGAAGGUGGAGACUCUGGAUCUGCACCGUGGAGACGACCCUGUGGUUCGCACGGAUGGCGUUACUGUGUUUGGGACGAGGCUGCUGGACGAGGAAGUGUUUGAGGGAGAUAUCCAGCAACUGCUGAUUGUGGACGACCCCCAAGCUGCAGAAGAGUACUGUCAUCACUACAUCCCAGACUGUGACUCUCCUCUGCCUUAUCGUACCCAGAACUAUGAACCUGAGGAGACCAAACCCACCAAGCUUGAUGACGUGAUGCAAAGCGACGAACCGGAGCCACCAAAGAAAAAAAAAGACAGGAAGGGCAAAAAGAACAAAAAGAAGAACCGUUCAAAGAAAGGGGGAAAGAAAGAGUCCCGGAAGAAGAGGAAAGAGGCGGAAGCUUUUGAGGAGGGAUUUCUCGAGGUGUCCACUCAUCGGCUUGAGUAUCUCACACGAGCUAUAACGCCUGCUGUAACAGAACCCACGACGGCUGUGACAACUCCAAAUGUGACCGCUGAGGAGAUAGACUCCAUCCCCGAGAUGCCCACGCACGAGCCAGAUUCACUGCCCACUACAUCACCUGAAGAUGUCACUGUAUCACUCACUGCAUUGCCCCAGUCUACUCAGACUGAGGUGGAGGAGGAAAAACCGGUAAAAACGCCUGAGGUUGAGGAAGACACAGAGGACAUUUACAGCAGCCCGUACCAUGACCUCUCCGUCUCCACGGUAACAGUGGGCACCAACAACAGCGAGUAUGAGCUCUUUGAGUACGAGGACUUUAAGAACAGCAGUGAGAGCUCGGAGCAGUAUGAGGAGUAUGAAGCCUACGAGGAUCGCUACGGCCCGGCGGAGAGAGAGGGAGUGGGGACCUGGGACGGACAGGGAAGACAUGGUUUAGAGAAAGGCCAGAAAGGAGAGCCAGCCAUUAUUGAACCGGGCCUUAUAAUUCAGGGACCUCUGGGACCACCAGGACCUGCUGGUCUUCCAGGCCUUCCGGGGGUAACAGGCCCCCCAGGACCCCCUGGAGAUCCGGGUGAUGUGGGCUCUGAGGGACGUCCAGGCCUCGCAGGGGCUGAUGGGAUACCAGGUCCCCCAGGGACCAUGCUCAUGCUGCCGUUUCAUUAUGCUGGUGAUUCUCAGAAAGGCCCCGUGUUGUCGGCUCAGGAGGCGCAGGCUCAGGCCAUCCUCCAGCAGACCAGAAUCUCACUGAAGGGACCUUCGGGCCCGGCAGGACUCACGGGCAGACCAGGACCAGUGGGUCUUCCAGGUUCCAGUGGACUUAAAGGAGACAGCGGGGACGCUGGACCUCUGGGGCCGCGCGGGGUGCCAGGUCCUCCGGGUCUUAGCGGCAAGCCAGGCAAGCGGGGUCGCCCGGGGGCAGAUGGAGGUCGAGGAGCUCCAGGAGAGACGGGAGCAAAGGGUGACAGGGGCUUUGAUGGACUACCAGGGCUUCCAGGGGACAAAGGACACAGAGGGGAUCGAGGAAAGCCAGGACAGCCUGGUCCACCUGGGGAAUCUGGUGAGAAGGGUGCAGAUGGACCUGUAGGACCAAGAGGACAACCAGGUGAACCUGGGCCAAGAGGACUUGUAGGACCCAGAGGACCACCUGGACCACCCGGACAGCCUGGUAUACGUGGUGUGGAUGGUGUUCAAGGCUCUAAAGGCAACCAGGGUCCGUCAGGAGAGCCUGGUCCUCCAGGACAACAGGGGAACCCAGGCGUACAGGGCUUUCCAGGUCCUCAGGGUCCAAUUGGCAUGCCUGGAGAAAAGGGACCUCAGGGGAAGAUGGGAAUGCAGGGGCUUUCUGGGAUUGACGGUCCUCCAGGACAUCCAGGCAGAGAGGGACCACCUGGAGAGAAGGGGCUACUGGGAUUACCCGGAGCACAGGGGCCUAUCGGAUACCCGGGGCCUCGGGGGGUCAAGGGCGCUGAAGGUGUACGAGGUCUGAAAGGAAGCAAAGGAGAGAAGGGAGAAGAUGGCUUCCCAGGGACCAAAGGUGACAUGGGAGCUGAAGGAGAUCGAGGUGACAUUGGGCCUUCUGGACCCCGUGGCGAGGACGGACCAGAGGGGCCUAAGGGCCAGUUAGGACCUAUUGGAGAACUCGGACCUCCAGGAAUCGCUGGAGAAAAGGGCAAACUCGGUGUCCCAGGGUUACCCGGCUAUCCAGGAAGACAAGGCCUUAAGGGAUCCGUCGGCUUUCCAGGAGUGCCGGGUAUGCCAGGAGAGAAGGGAAAGAGGGGAUCUGCAGGUACACCGGGCACGGCAGGUGAAAGAGGUCCAAAUGGGGCACGCGGAGGCCGAGGGGCACGAGGAGCUACAGGAGCACCGGGAGCCAAGGGCUCGUCUGGCCACGACGGCCCACCAGGUCCCCCAGGAGACAAGGGUCCUCAAGGGCCGCAGGGACAGAACGGAUAUCCAGGACCCAAGGGACCAAAUGGCCCUGCAGGAAAGGAUGGACUGCCAGGUCAUCCAGGCCAAAGGGGAGAGCCGGGAUUUCAAGGGAAAACAGGACCACCAGGACCUGUGGGAGUGGUCGGACCACAGGGCAAAACUGGAGAGACUGGACCAACUGGGGACAGAGGUCACCCUGGGCCACCAGGACCUCCUGGAGAGCAAGGUCUGCCUGGAGCAGCAGGCAAAGAAGGUGCCAAGGGCGAUCCGGGCCCCAUGGGGAUUCCUGGAAAGAGCGGUCCUGCUGGGCGCCGCGGGUUUAGAGGCAGUCGAGGCAUGCCAGGCUCCACGGGUGCUGCUGGUUUGAAAGGCGAAGAAGGACCUCCUGGAGCUGCAGGAGCAAUUGGUGCUACUGGCGAGAGAGGGCCUUCUGGGCCGGCUGGUGGGAUUGGUCUUCCUGGCCGUGCUGGAGGAGUCGGGUCUGCUGGACCAAUGGGCGAGAAGGGAGAACCAGGAGAAAAAGGACUUACAGGUCCUGCUGGACAGGAUGGAGAACAGGGGCCCGUCGGUCUACUCGGACCUGCUGGACCACCUGGUCCACCUGGAGAGGAUGGUGAUAAGGGAGAGCAUGGAGGUCCGGGACAGAAAGGAAGCAAAGGAGACAAAGGAGACCCGGGACCUCCAGGACCAACAGGGAGUGUAGGGCCUAUUGGACCCCCUGGACUACCAGGUGUGGAUGGGGAGCCAGGGCCCCGGGGCCAACAGGGGAUGUACGGACAGAAAGGUGAUGAAGGACUUCGAGGACUUGUAGGUGCCACUGGGCCACCAGGCCUGCAGGGAAUGCCUGGACCCCCGGGAGAGAAGGGAGAGAGCGGUCAUGUUGGACCACUGGGCCCUCCAGGACAACACGGUCCCAGAGGUCCUGUGGGAACCACUGGCGGAGAGGGUGCUCAGGGGAUGCCUGGUGGAGUCGGCCAGCCUGGUUUAGUAGGAGAAAAGGGUGAAGAUGGAGAGGCUGGAAGUCCAGGAAACGUGGGUGAAACAGGCCCUCCUGGUGAGAAAGGAGAUGUGGGUGAGAAAGGGGACACGGGCCCCCCCGGUGCUGCAGGGCCACCGGGAAUCCGAGGCCCACCAGGAGAGGAUGGACCUAAAGGAACCCCAGGCCCCAUUGGAUUUCCCGGAGACCCAGGACCCCCUGGAGAGGCAGGUCCAAAUGGUAUUGAUGGUGGCCCAGGAGCAAAGGGAGAUAGUGGAGAGCCUGGGAAAGCUGGACCACCAGGGGCUUCGGGGGAACCAGGACCUCAUGGACCACCAGGGCGGAGGGGUCAUAUAGGUGCUGCAGGGAAUGAAGGAAAACAGGGGAAGAAUGGAGAAAAGGGUUCACCUGGUUCGGAGGGUCCACCUGGAAAGACAGGACCCGUAGGACCCCAGGGACAACCUGGAAGGCCUGGUCCAGAGGGACUACCUGGGAUCCCAGGCCCUGCAGGAGAACAGGGUUUAAAUGGUCCCCCCGGACAGACUGGACCGCCUGGCCCUAUGGGACCUGCUGGACUGCCAGGACUGAAAGGAGAUCCAGGCAGCAAGGGAGAGAAGGGUCACGGAGGAUUGAUCGGAUUGAUCGGGCCUCCAGGAGACAUGGGGGAGAAAGGUGACCGAGGCUUGCCUGGAAAUGAGGGAAUACCUGGUCCUAAAGGAGAUGAGGGUGUUGCUGGAUCAUCUGGUCCUACUGGGCCUCCUGGACCUCCCGGACUUUCUGGUGCCAUGGGUGAGAAGGGAUCCAAAGGAGAUGAGGGAGCGGUCGGUCCAAGAGGAGACCAAGGACCUGCAGGCCCACCAGGACUACCUGGUCCUCCAGCCACCAUGAUUGAGCCACUGCCCAUCCGAGAGGGACGCAAGAAACGUAGGAGGAACUCAGACCGGAACAGAGGAGGAGCCAGCGCAGAAGUUGCAGCCACAGAAGAGGAGCAGGAAGUGGAGGUUCAGCUGAACAUGGAGGACUUCCUGCAGGCUGAUGCGCCUCUGGAAGAUGCUGAGGGAAUGGAGGAGGUGUUCGCUUCUCUGAACUCCAUGAAGAUGGAGGUGGAGCUGAUGAGGAAGCCACUGGGAACUUUCGAGAGUCCGGCACGCACCUGCAAAGAGCUGAUGAUGUGCUACCCUGAUUACAAAGAUGGUGAAUAUUGGAUUGACCCAAAUCAGGGCUGCCAUAAAGAUUCCAUCAAGGUGUUCUGCAACUUCACGGCUGAUGGGGAAACCUGUCUGCACCCGGAUAAACGAAUCGAAACGGUGAAACUUGCAGCCUGGAGCAAAGAGAAGCCGGGCAGCUGGUAUAGCCGGUACAGGAGGGGCAAACAGUUCUCCUAUAUAGACGCCGACGGCAUCACAGUCUCUGUAGUCCAGCUGACCUUCCUGAAGCUUCUGAGCGCCACAGCCAGACAGAGCUUCACCUACGUCUGCCAGAACUCAGCCGGCUGGUACGACGCCACCAGCAACGGGCACCAGCACGCCCUGCGCUUCCGUGCCAGCAACGACGAGGAAAUGACGCAUGACAAGACUCCCUUCAUAACAUCUCUGUACGACGGCUGCCAGACACGCAAAGGCCAGGACAGGACGGUGCUGGAGAUCAACUCUCCGAGAUCGGAGCUGCUCCCCAUCAUCGACGUUUCUGCGUCAGACUUUGGGAAUAACAACCAGAAGUUUGGCUUCCAGCUCGGACCUGUGUGUUUUAACGGUUAACUGAUUGAGACACGGGACUCAAGACUUCAUCUGUACCACACGCAAUAUUUAUUUUUUUAUGUAGUGUGCAUGCGGCGGUACGGUGGCAUGCAUUUUUGUAUUUUCUGGUGAACUUUUUAACAAAACUGCAAAGGUGCCAGGAUCAACCCUUGAGGAACCAAACAAAGCAGAAGUUUCCAUGUGUGUGGACAUUUUUUUAAAAAUUCCUUGUUUAUUCUUGUCUCUGCUCGCCUGUGGUGUGCGAAUGAAUUAAUAAGUCACCUCCACUUGAACCUGACACUGAGAGGCAGACACCCCCUUACCUGUGGCGUUACGGGCCACUUAGUCCACGGUGUAGCAGCAGACUGUAUUGUCGGUGGCAUGGAUGGCUUGCUUUUGGUGUGUUUUUAUGCGUAAUGUAAUUCUAAACUAAUUUGCCACCUGACGGAUUGGCUACAACGUUGAGGAGUACAUAUUUAAAUAUUUUAUUUUCCCUCAACUGUAGCGCCGCAUUGACGGAAGCAGCUAUACCUCAGAACAGUUUUGACAAGGAAACGCCAUCCAGAUCCAGUUAAUUGUUCUCUUAGAUGCUUUUUGUCACACAGCAGCUCCGCAGCGUUGCUCCUCUUUAAUCAGUGUGUCGUAAUAAAUAAACAGCAUUGUACGUCACUCGUGGUUCAAGCAGGGUGGGUUGUGCACAGCAGCUUAUUAAUAUGAACAGUAGCCUUUUUACACAGGAUGUAGGUUGCUCGUGUUGUUUUAUCAGGUCAGGUCACAUGGUUGGCAUUUUAUUAGUCCAUAUUUCUACAAAGUAGAGUGAUCUGCAUGGGUUCUAGAGUUUAAUUAAUAAUGAUGGGUUUACUGCACAGUGUUCCUGUUCUCUGAAACACAGUUAGUUACAUGUUUUUUUUUUUUUUUUUUUACCCCAUUACAUUAAUAGUUUUAAUUUUAAUCCUGGGGUUGUAUUACAGAAAUGUCCUAACCUAAUGGAAUAACUCACUGGAGAGGUGUUAUUGAGCUGUCCAGGUCACGGGACCAGUUUGGUAGAACUUCAGCAACAGUGAGUCAGGAACCAGGAGACUGAUGUUGAGCUUCAGACUCUGAUGUUUAUUGUCCAUUUCAAGAAUUUUCAGAUCAGUUAUUUACCAAUAAAGGCAUAACUUCAGAUAUGUUUCAGAUUGAACAGGCCCAGUACAUGUAGGGAAAAGAUGAAAGAAAGGAGGAAGUAAAGGAGAAUGGAGAUAAAACUGAAAGACGCCUUGUGCCACCAGUUUCUGGGAGUGCUAUCACCUCUGGCUGGGGUGUUUUCAGUCACAAUGACACAUUGUGCCAAAACAAAGGAAAGACAAAUACAGCACAUGUAGAAACAACCUAGGUAUAACUGGGCAUGCAUAAUAUGAAAAAUAAUUCAUUCAAUAAUUUGUAAGUUCUUAAUCAAUCUAUCUAUUCAUUAGAAGAUAUGUGCAGAGCCUAAGUGACCUUUAAGACAAAGUAAGGAAGUCAAAGUUAAACAUAAAUGAACAUAAACUUAACCAAUAAUCAUUUCACUAAGCAUGUACUGUAAUCCUGUAAUGAAGAAGAAAAUCUUUUAUUUUUUAAUUUAUAUUCGGAAAAAUAUGUAAUGAAUAAAACAUUGGCGGCAUGCUGUGAUAGGAAAAUAAUAAACGACGGGGUGGUAUGAGUUACUGUUACAACCCUAAAGUUCAUUAUUUUCCAAUAACACACAUCUCAAAGUGUUUUAUUCCUCUUAUACCACAACUGUCUGCCAAUUACAGUAUUUUAUUUACUGAAGAAGCAGCUAUAAACAGUUGUUCACUCACCAGGCUCUGUUUUUUUUCUGUCCUAAAGUUAAAAGAACACAGCGUAUACAAAAAUGCGAAGCAUAGCAUCAUUUGUCCUGAAGGUUGGCAGAAAACUGACUGUUACAAAGCUCUGACACUGGAGACUCCUUCCUUAAAUGUAACUUAAACAUCUCCUUACAGAAGACUUCAGCAUAUCAGGGUUUACAGGUUUUUGUUAAAUAGCAUUUUAGCUAGUUGUGGAUUAUGUAUAGCGUAUGCUGUACAAGUUCCUGAGAAUGAGCUGUUACUAUAGCAACGAUGACGUAUUAAAACCAGUGCAUUAAUAUAAGCCUGUGAUUUGCCUUGUAGCCGGAACUCUUUUCAGUGCCGAGAGUAUGGAUAAAUGUUAUUAAAUAAGUAUUAGCAUGGUAAAUUACUGCGCUUGGAAGCAUUACGUUUAGACUUUCCUGUAUUUUACACGAUUAUUGUUAUAUAGCUUUCAUAGCAGAACUCAUCUUGUUCACGUACUAAACUGAUCAAUUCGGGACAUUUCUGUAAUACGACCCCUGUUCAUGGUUCACGCUUUAAUUUUGUUCACAUCCUUCACCAAAUGAUUGUGUAAAAAUGUGCUUUGUUGUGGUGCUACAGAUUUUUUGUUGUUGUUGUAUGAUUAUUUUGUAUUAUUUGGCUGUGUCCUGAGAGGGCAGGAUGGAGGGUAGAGGAAGAAGAGGAGCUCGACGGUGCUCAGCAAACACCUGAAGGCUUAUUCUGGUGCUAAUCCUGGUGCUAAUCCUUACUUAACAUUCAGUAUCUUGUGUAAUAUCUGUCCGGGGCGUGGCAGUGGGUGAAGUGGAAGCGUUUUAACCAGUCUGUUUUAGCUAGUCUUUUAAGAUGACAGCCUUGAAUUUGUUCUCCGCCUCUUCCUGUCCUCACUGUAUGUAUAGUAUCUGUGGUACUAAUUUUAUAUCCUGUACAGUUAUUUACAGAUAUUUGAAUAAUAGCAGUUUGCUUCCUGGAUGAGAAAAAAUAUAUAUGUAAAAUGUAUUUGUAAAAACCAAUCAAGAAAAAUAAAAAAAUAUCAAACGAGCAGGAAAGCAAAGCACUGUGGUCAGACUCAUCAGAGGAAGGGCUUUUUUAUGGGGGGAAGAUCAGAGACGCUGAUGUUUUCUCUAAAGACAAGAGACAAGCUCGUGUCUCCAUUAACUGCUACCGCACUCUUUCUCUCGUUCUGUUUCCCUCUUCUUCCCCAAUCCAUUUUUUCCUUCUCCAUGUGCUUGUAAUCAGCAUCACUUCCCACCUCGCAGAUGUAAUCAACUCUGAUUCACUCCCUAGUUCAUUUAUUUCAAUUAACUUUUGUUUCUGUCCCCAGGAGAGCGACUGAAGAGAGGGAGUCAGACAUACAGACUGGUGUGUGUGUGUGUGUGUGUGUGUGAGUUCAUGCGUGGGUAAUGAAAUAGCUCUGGAUUGGAAAGUGAGCCAGUGAGAAUUAACCAUACCUGUGGAGAAACAUGAUGAAAUAGGGAAGGGAAUUAAACAUCCCUCCCACAGCCUGUCUCGCCAUCUCUUCAUAUACAC